CAGCGCCUGAAGUUGAGAGCUUUCUCUCCCUAGGAAAAAAUGCGAUUCACUCGACCUAGGCUCUUUGGCGUAUGAAAAUCGCUGGUAUCAUUGGUUUUACUUCGUGAAUGCUAUGUUCUUAGUCAAUUUCUAAUUCUAAUCUCAAUUUCGACCUUGAUUUUGAGCUUGGAAUGACAUUUUGGGACCAAAACCGCAAAAUUCGAAGGUUUUUGUACUGUUCCUGUAGUCUGCAAUUCAGUUCGUUUCUUUGAAUUUUUGGGAUUUGUUUGGGGUCUGUGACUUGUAUGGGACUCGUAUAGCAAGGACGAAGCUCGGUUUACUACAGCAACAGAGCUUAGGUCGGUUUUUCUGAGUGUUUUUGAAUUACCAAGUUGUGUUUCCGCUGUUUCUUUGACCUCGGUUUGCAGUACUGUAAACCUGCUAUGAAUAAAAAAAAGGCUGGGAAGGGGGAAGCAAUGCCCAGAGUUACUAGGUCUAAGGCAGCAGGUUUUGAGGUACUCAACCAUCUUGAGGAGGAAUUCCCUGAGCUCGCAGAAUCAGUGAAGGGACCUGCGGUUAUUGCUGAAAAAAUUGCAGGUCCUGCUGCAAAAUGUGGUUCUGCCACUUGGCCUGCAGGUACUGAACAUGCUAAAUGUGUUUCUGCCACUAGGCAGACUGUUUCAGGCCACAAUUCUGGGAAGAAUUUCACAACCACUGGUGGCCAGAAGGCUGGAGAACAUGCUGCUAAUACUGCAGACAUGGAUGAUACUCAUGGAAAUGAAAAAACACCUACUACUUCUAAAGCUUUAGUUCCUGUGACUAAAGCACCUACUGCAAUCAACUCACCUGCUGCUGGGAAAGGUGAAGCUGCUAAACAGACACCUGCUGUAGAAAAUUUGACAAAGGAUGAUAGUGUCAAAACUGUGGCAGUAACCAUAGAUAACGAGCAGGCAGCCCAGGCCAAACCUUGGAAUGCCCUUUUUAAGGAUAACCGUGACCCAAAGCAUGGUAUCAAACUGAAAUAUGUCCCUCCUAAAGGGGAAACCUUGGACUUUGGUGAUCGUGUUAUACCCUCCAUGGUCGAAAUGUGGGGCUUUUGCCUAGUUGGACACUUUACCGGAAAUUUUCCCGGACUUAAAGCGGUUCAUGAUCUCAAAGCUACAUGGGGUGUGAGAUGUUUUGUGAGGUCCCAUAACAAGGGAUGGGUAAUCUUUAAAUUCACUAAUGAGGAGGAUAGAUUGAAAGUACUACAUGACGGUCCUUACAAUGUGUUUGGGAAACUCCUUAUGCUAAAAGAACUUUUGGAUGACUUCUCGUUUGAGGAUGAGGAGUUUCUUAAAGUACCAAUUUGGGUCAAGUUCCCUAAAUUACCAAUGAAGCUAUGGAAUGAUGAAGCUAUGAGUGAGGUAGCAUCUAUGAUUGGGGUCCCAAUAACCACAGACAAAAUUACUCAAGAGAGGGCAAACAAUGAAUAUGCUAGAGUGCUUAUUGAAGUGGAUGUUUCAAAGCCACCACCACUUUCGUUUCCGAUACGACUACCUUCCAAAAAGGUAAUCAAACAAAGUGUGCUUUAUGAAACUUUUCCUAAUUAUUGCUUUCAUUGCAAAGAAUUCGGGCACCACCCUUUUAUUUGUAAAAAGCUAGUCAAAAGGGUUGAUGGAGCAAGUGAAAAAGAACCGAGAGUUGAAACAAAUAAAGAUAUUGAGAGUGUGGCCACUCAGACAGAUGUUGCUGCCCAAGGAAACCAGACCGGGCAUACCUCUGGCCCGACCGGGCCUCUUGUAAAAACUGCACCAGCUGUGGAACGUGCUGCCUACACGCCUGAGCAUACCAAACUGACCGGGUCUGUCGGGCAACGUGCAAAGGAGACAUAUGCUAAUGUUGAAAAAGAUGCUGCCAAGGUUAAAACUGCUGCCAAGAAGGUUGAAAACACACCUGCAAAUGUUGAAACAGCUGCUGCCAAAGGUAAAAAUGCUGAAAACACACCUGCUAAUGUUGAAACAGCUGCUGCCAAGAGUCAACCUGCUGCCCAUGAGAUUAAGACUGUUUCCACAGGGCAGAUUGAUGCCCAGCAGCCUGCUAAACUUUCUGCCAUGGUAGUGAACAAAGAUGUAACGACACCAGCUGCCAAGGGAGCUAAUCCAACUGCCCAGGGACCUUCACAAUCUGCCCAAGGACACCCGAACAGGUUACAAGGGCAGACUGCCCAGGGGAUUGAAGUGGCUGCUGCGCAAGGAAGAAUCACAAUUGGGCAACUUAUGGGUGUGCAAACUAACCAUGAGUCUUCCGAGGAUGAAGACGACGAGGUCUUUUUGGAAGAAAAUGAAAGACUAGUAACGAGUGAGACCGACAUGCACCUAAACGAUGUUGUAAUCAAAUGUGAGGUGGUGAAUGGGAAGAGGUUUAGGCUUUUUGUUAAACCGUUUAAAUUUGUGCAUGCUAAUGUGAUUAGAGUGGAUACCUUUCUUCGACUUACGGAUGAUUUGGACACAAAAGGCCUAACUUUCACCGCCAAAUGUCUUGAGAGAUUACCGGGGGUUACUAAGAAGAAAGGGGAGAUUUGCUUUGACUCAAAGUUUACUACUCCUUUCCGACUUUUCUUUGGAGGUUAAUAUUUGGAUAUCUAUUAUUUUUUCUGAGCUGGUUUUUGUAGGUUUAUUUCGUUCAGUUCGGAUUCAAGAUGUUUGAUUUGAGAGAAUGUGGGCCUUGAUUUUGUGGUAUCCCGUGAUCAGGGAUAUGCACCUUGCUUGUAAUCGUGAUGC